CUUGUUGAUGCUUUUGAGUGUCCUUAAAUGCCUCUCUGGGUGUUUCCUUCCUGCUCAAAGUUCCUCUUUGCUGAACUUCGUGGAGUGGAGCUUUUUUUUUGGUGUGUGUGAAGAAACUGUGAAGGUAGAAAGUGUGUGUGAGCUGAUGUGAAUUGAGCAGCAUGGAUCAGUGUGAGGACAGAGAGGAGGGAGUCCCUCCCUCUAAAAGCACUCUGUGUGGGGAACAUGAGAGCCAGACCAAAGCUCAGAGGUGAGACGACCAUCUCUAACUGUCCAUGACUCUUCCCCAUGUCACAGCCCAGCACUCACAUCGCUGCUCCAUCAUUAUUCACAUGAAGAAACGAGGAAUGGGACUGACUGAAGUCCACAAGAAGAUGAUGAUGGAGAAACAGGAGGACAAAGCAGAGUCUGCAGGGUCCAGCUGUCCGUCUGUGAGGAGUGACCGGUCCAAACCUCAACCUCCAGGCUUCAGUGCUGAACCUGGACCAACGAGAGUGGACCAGCAGAACUCAGAGGUUCCCAGUGGUCAGUCUGCCCAGCAGCAUCAAACACACCUUGACUCCAUAUUUAUGGUCUGCACAUGUACAGCAACUACUUUUACAUCUAUUCUGUUCACAGUCAUCUCCAUGCUGCUCUUUGUAGACCAGUGGAUUGUCAGUGUGUCCAACAUGGAGCUGAUGUUUGGCUCCAUGAUUUCAGUUUGAUUGGCUCAUUCAUAAAAUAUUCUGUUCCAGCUGCUGGAGGACAACAUCAUCACUUUUGUGAAGAACGAGCUAAAGAAGAUCCAGAAGUUUCUCAGUCCAGAUUACCCAGAAUGCUUAGAGAGUCAGAGGGAGGGUGAUGAGCAGAUGAGGAGCAGCAGAGAGGCAUUUGUGAAG